CAACAUCAUUCAACUAAACCCUCUAAUUAUGAGAGUCAUGCCUGAUACUAACCAGAACAGUCAAUCUAAAAGUUCAAUUCUGAAAUCAUGACAUCAGAGAGAACAUUCCUAGGCAGUCCCGGAGGAAUCCCGACCUGACAACAUCUCCUCCCGGACUCUCCGCGGACUCUCCGGCCCACACAUCCUCUCCGGUCGCAUCUACACUAUAAAACAUCCAUCAUCCCAAUUCCACAACCAUCAAUCACAACCAUCAUUCCACAAUCCAACCCAGCGAAGCCAAAAAAAUGCCACCCCCCACCCCCCUAAUAAUCGGCAGCGGUAUCGCGGGCCCCAUCCUCGCCAUCUUGCUAAAACGCAAAGGCUACCAUCCUCUCGUCUUCGAAAAAGUCCCCGCCCUAGGAGACGCCGGCGCAUCCCUAAUGCUGAUGCCGAAUGGAAUGAAAAUCCUCAACCUCAUAACCCCCACCACCACCUUGUUAUCCACCCGCAACCCCUUAACCACCCUCUGGCACGGCACUGCCUCCGGGGACACCACUCUGGGGGAAUCGAAUCUACCCAGUACCUAUACGGAGAGAUAUACCCAGCCGGCGAUGGGGAUUAAGCGGACGGAAUUGAACCUUCAUUUGAAGGAAUUGCUCGUUGAGAAUGGGAUUCCGUUGUAUGAGGGGUAUAAUCUUUGCAACUUUGACGAAGAUGAAGAAUUAAAGACAGUGAUGGCGUAUUUUACAAACGGGGAAAGGGUAACAGGGUCGUUUUUGGUCGGGUGUGAUGGAAUCAAGUCUUCCACCAGAAGAAUCCUACUUUCUCGACAGGGCGUGAGCGAAGGAGACCCCGUGUUUACAGGUUUACUGCAAGUUGCGGGGAUUUCGAGGGGGGAUUUAGGCGGGAUGUUGGGGGAGAGAGGGGUGGGAGGACUGAGUAAUUGGUAUGGGGAGGGGGUGCAUGUUGUUGGGUAUCCGGUCUCUUCUUCCUCUGGGAGUGGUGAUGGGGAGAUGUCCUGGGCUGUGACGUUAGCAGGCACCGAGGUGGAAGAGACAUGGAAGGCUGUUUCUGAUGGAGAGGAGAUGGAGAGGCGAAAGGCGAUGUUGAGGGAGAAGUUAGUGGGGUUUGAACCAGGGUUAUUGGAGAUGGUGGAGAGAGCAAAUCGCAUCAUUUCCUAUGGAUUGUUUGAUCGUGCCGAGGUGGCAGCCGAGCAGUGGUUUUCCUCCCGGGCAGUGUUGGUGGGUGAUGCGGCGCAUCCGACCAGUCCGCAUUUGGGGCAGGGGGGGAAUCAGGCUUUGGAGGAUUGUUAUCAUUUGAGUCGAUUGCUGCCGGAUGUGAGUGAGGGGGCGGUGGUGGACGGCUUGGAGGACAUCUUUGGGGAGUUUGCCCGGUUGAGACAGCCACAUACGGCGGCGUUGGUCAAACAGGCUCGGCAUUUGGGAGAGCAGCGCGUGGUGCUGGGGGGUCCGGAGCGUUGUCGAGAGCGCGAUGCUGGGAUUGUUGCGGCUUGGAGUGAUCAGGAGGCUGUGGCUGAGGGAUUGGAUCGUUUGUUUAGGGAGCCGUUUUAG